UUCCCUCAUUCUUCAACAUCUCCAAUGUCUCCCACCGUCAUGGCAUCGCCCUCCACCAGCGAUGACGAAGCCCUGUCGGUGUACGACAUUCUUCGAGAAUUCAAUUUCCCAAUAGGUCUCCUUCCAGAAGGUGUCGUCGGUUGGAAGUUAGAUCGAACUACCGGAAAAUUGGAGGCUUAUUUAAAAGGAUCAUGUCAUUUCUCACCAGAUGAGCCAUAUGAAUUGAAAUACAAAUCCACAAUUAGUGGAAACAUUUCAAGGAAUAGAUUGACAAAUCUUAAAGGGGUGAGUGUGAAGUUCAUGUUCUUUUGGGUCAACAUUGUGGAGGUGGUGAGGAACGGCGACGAUCUACAAUUCUCGGUCGGGAUGGCUACGGCGUCGUUUCCUGUGGAUAAUUUCUCCGAGUGCCCGCCGGGCGGGUGCGGAGUAGAUUGCAAUGAUGGGAAAGUAAGAAAAAUUAAAGCUAAAUCUCUUGUUUCAUCAGCUUGAAUUCAUAACUUUUCAUUGUUGUUAUGAGAAAAAAAAAAAAAGAAAAAAAGAACAGAAAAGAAAAGAAAAUGGGGAGUUUGAAUCUCAGGUAGGAAUCUCUUGAUUUGAAAUUUGAAAGAAAAGUGGGGUAAGAUGGAUGUUGUUUCGAUCUGGUUGGAAUUGA